GAGUUGCAGGCGCGUUAAACCUAAAAGUGAGAGUCAUUUCUCGAUUGCUAUCCCCAACGACGAUCUCCCAUGGCGCCCUCCGGCACCGUCGCCGAUCCUCCGCCAUCUUCAACCACCGAUUCAUUCAAUUCCGGCGACACAGCAGAGAAUGAUAUUCGGCCAUUUUUUGUCCUCCACAAGGCUUCGUCUGGGAGUCUCCAGGGAAAAUCAACUGGGACGGUGAAAAGCAAGCGGAGGAUCGAGUCAACUACACCUAAAAUUGCUAAGAAGACUGAGCUCGAAACCGUGGAAGAGGAAGAUGUUCAUUUUUAUUCACCGCUACGCUUGGAAGUUUUCGAGACUGUCUGGUCGAAAAUCGAGAAGACAAUCGAAGAUGUUCUGAGAGAUUCCAACUCUAAAGUAUUCAAUGGGAUACAUGAUUGGAUACGGCAAUCGUUUGAUUCGAUCAGAUCAUCUGGAGCACUGAGUUUAGCGGAAGCAGUUCGGUCUUAUCCUGUUUUAACUCAGGCUUCUUCCAAGCAAUUGUUUACUGCUUUGGUCCUUACUAGGAAUCUUGAAAUGGUUGAUGAUUUAUUGACAUAUGAAGAACUGGAUUUGCAUUUGAAGUCUCAAGGAUGUCAUGUGGCUAAGCUUUCGUCCAUGGACUUCUCAGCCAAGAAUGGUGUAGGAGGUUGCCUUAGGGUUUUGUUACGCCAGUUUGUGAUGCCAACCAUAGAUGUGGCUGAUGUAACCAUUCUCGCAUCAUGGUACAGAGAAAACGGAAACCAUAAGAAUCCGGUAGUUAUAAUUGUGGAUGAUACAGAGAGAUGCUGUGGGACUGUCCUGUCGGAUCUAAUUCUUAUAUUGAGUGAAUGUGCAGUCAAAGUUCCAAUUUUUCUAAUAAUGGGUGUGUCGACAGCACACGAUGCGCCUAGAAAGAUACUACCAGCGAACGCGCUGCAGAGACUUUGUGCUACUAGGUUCACUCUGAGUUCUCCGGCCGAACGGAUGGAUGCAAUUCUCGAGGCUGUCUUCUUAAAGCCGUGUUCUGGGUUCACUGUUAGCCACAAGGUGGCGCUUUUUAUGAGAAAUUACUUUUUGUGUCAAGAUGGAACACUGACAUCAUUUGUUAGAACUCUGAAGAUAGCUUGUCUUCAGCAUUUCUCAUUGGAGCCUUUAAGCAUCAUGCUCGAGCACUUUUGUCAAGAUGGUGAUAAUCAGCUGUCAGGUGAAGGUGAUGGGCUAUUGACAGAAGCAACAAUGAAGCAUGCUUUCGACUUGCCAUCUGUGACGAGGAAUAAAAUUACUCGGAGUACUUGUGAAAUGCUGCCUCAAUUUUUGUUGGACUUGCAAAGGAUGCCGCAUCCUUGGAGCAUUGUAGUUUUGUGCAUAUAUGAAGCUGGGAAGUUUGAUAAACUUCGAUUGCUAGACAUAUUCUGUGAGACACUUGACCCAGAAGCACGUUACUUGAAAUACUUUUUACCUUCAGCAACUGUCAACUGUCAGAGUCACGUUUCAGGACCUAAGAGUGUUAUCAGACGGAUUCUGCGCAAGCUUAGGGAUCUUUCACCUUCACAGUUGUCUAGCUUGUUGAAAAGCUGGGAAAAUCUCUCUGCGGAGUUCAGUGAGAUCAAUGACAAAGUAAUGGAAUUGCAUCCGUUCAUGAAAUCCGUGGAAGCAGCUGGCCAGCGACAAGGACUUCCCAACAGCCCAAAAAAGCAUGCAUCCCGGAGCAAUUCAAAGCUUGAAAAAGAGCUUAAAGCCAUGACUGAUAAGGUUGCCGCAGUCAUAGAAUUUAUGCUAAGGGAAUAUAUGAAGCCAGUUGAGAGUGUUCCUUUCCAUGAAAUUUUAUGUUUCAAAAAUGUCGAUAAACUUCAAUCUGCUUUUCUUGGAGACCCGAGAGGCAGAAUCCAGUCAGAUCUACUGGAAUCUCACAAUAUCCUCCACUGUAUGUGCUGCAGCCAAAGAGGCACAACUCUAUUGCCUUCCAUGCACGAUACAUCGAUUUUGUACACGCUGGCGCAAGAGCACGCUGAUGUAAUCAAUCUCCAUGACUGGUAUCAAUCUUUCAAGACGAUACUUAUCCCCCGGAGUAGCAAAGCCAAUCAGAAAUCAAAGACGAAGAAACGGAAGGAUAGAUGCGAAGAACCGGAAGCACCUUCUGAAGCUUUAAUUCAAGCUCGAUUUUGCAGAGCUGUAAUGGAGCUUCAGAUUUCAGGACUCAUUCGCAUGCCUUCAAAACGACGUCCAGACUCUGUACAAAGAACAUUCGAAAUAGCUUUUGCAGACAUUCGAAAAAGCAGUAGGAUGUUGAGCAGGAUUUACGUUAAGGGAUACGACAGAACGCUUACUGGCUAUGAUUUGGUUAUCUCCAUGAGAGAACACUUCGCUUCAUGUGGAGAGGUGAUACAUGUUUAUAUUCCCGGAUACUUUGAAGGCAGCACCCGUAACCUCAACAGAUUUGCCUUUAUUUUUCUUCGGGGAGAAGGUGCAGAAGAGAAGGCGUUGAAACUUAGUGGAAGUCACAUGGGAGAACACAAGAUAGUCGUUGAGUCUUAUCCGUUUCAUGCCAAACACCUUGACCCUGAGUUGGCUCAUAUGAGAGAGGCUGACAAUAGGAGACAGCACAAGAUGAGUGUUACGGGAUAUGACACUUCUCUUCCUUUGGAUUAUGUCAAGACCGAGCUGAUUCAACAUUUCUGUAUAUGUGGACAUGUCCUGAAAGUUAUGCUUUUCGAAGAAAGCAAAGACGUUCUCUGCAGCACGGCUUUCGUUACUCUUCGGGGAGAAGACGCAGUAGAGAAGGCGCUGCAACUUGGUGGAUGUGAUGAGGAAGGAUUGAAGAAUGUUGAAGUUUCUGGGGUUGCUGCGCCAGAGAAGAAUAAGAAGAUUGAAUCUGAUGUGGAAGGAUCGAAGAGUGUAGUUUUUGGGGAUGCGGACACGUGGCAAUCCUCGGAGCCAGACUCGUUCAUUUGCGGCAUGCCAUUCUGGUUUAACGAACUGGGAAAGGGAAAAAAAAAAAAAGAGUACUCAGUAGAUAAGGCUUUGGAGGAAAUUGGAUUUGAUCUGAAGAAUCUUGAUUUGAAAGGGAUGAAGAGGGUUGGAUCUAAUGUGGUUUCGGUGCCAGUGAAAGGUUCGACCCCCAUCUUGUUGCCAGCCUGGUUGGUCGAACGUGGAGAUGAUGAGAAAGAAGAUGACUACAUGGGGCCAUGCUCGGAGAUAGAAUCGGCCGCCCGCAGUCUGCGAAAAUGGUUUUUCGAAAGAGUUGAUAAUACUACGGAGUGAAAGCCAUCUCUUAGUAGAAGGCGAAGCCCUUUGGGUGUUAUUAUUACUUAAAUUGUGUUUUUUGUUUUGUUUUUUUUUUGUUGUUGUCUGGAUGUCAAGGCACUAAUCUAACCAUAUUUCAUUACAUAUAAUUUCG